AAAGGACUCUCAAGUUUACAUGAUGUUCUUGUACAAGACUUAGUACAGUAAGCACUCAAAUCCAUAUUGUGCAAGCAAGGCACCACAAAUAUGAACAUUAGUGAUUAGUGCCUAAUUAUCGUACAGUGAGUGCGUUAAUAUUUAUUUACAGAAAUGAGUAAUAGUAUGUUUACCGUGGACCUGCAGCUGCAGUGCGUUACUGUAAGGAAUAAAUACCAGAUUCCUGACUACCCUGAUUUUAUUGCGUUGACCGUAUAGUAAAGGUUACGGUGAUCAGCGGCUAGCUGAUACAAUUGGCAAAGGUUACCGCUGAGCGGAGAUAAUCGGUUAAACCGCAAUGUCGUCUCUUAAUAUUGCCGCUACCAGCCAAGAAUUUAAGCCGAAAGUGGAAACGCGAAACGAACGUGAAAUUCUGCACGGUGCUGCGCAGUUAAGGUCUGGCUGCAGUUACAACCAAAGUUUCGUGUUCCUGAAACUAUACCAAAAAAGUAGUUUGGUAGUUCAAGUGCUCGAGGAGCGCGCUCGCAUAUGCUAAAAGAGGAAAUAAUGCUGCUCAGCACGUAUCUGCUUCGCAUGUUUAGCCAAAAGAAUUCCCUUUUAAAGAAAGUUGAAUCUGGCAGAAUUGUUGGGGGAGUUGAAGCAGUUAGCAAGUUAGCCAGCGAUAUUACCAAACGCCACUUGAAACUGAACGAAGAUCGUUUACAGAAGUUUGAUGUAACUAGUUCAAAUGUGCAGAUUAAGCCACCGUUAUCAGAAACCCAGAAGUUAUUGAUCUUGGAACAAGAGCUGCGACACUGCCAGAAGCAUGUUAAAAAGGUCGAACUGGAGAUGCUGAAUUUGCAAGACAGAUCACAGGGAAAGACGGAAGAAGUACAAGAAUUCCUGGAAUUCAUUACUGAACAAGACUCUGAUUUCCGUCGAAAGUUGUUGGAUACAUCUGGAUCCGUUAGCAAAGAAAGUCUUAUGCUCUGGAUGCGCAACAUUGUCACCAAGCUGGACAAUAAAAUCCAAGCUGCCAAAAUGGCAAGAAAAAAAGAAACUGAUCAGUCGACGGAAACUGAAAUCAAACUGAAAAAUCCCAUUGAAAAUAUGACUAUGGUAGAUUUUUUGGCUUUGGAAGUUCAGUGCAAGCAAGCUGCCGAUGGCAUAAUCGAUGCGACAGACCAUUUAAAAAAUAUGGAACGCACCUGGAGCAAAAUAUCUAGACAACGAACACUGUUGCAGGCAAACCUGACGAAAAUUCAGAAAGGCCUUCUCUCUAUGGAAAAUAAAAUCCAACAAAGUGAUGUUGACUGUGACGAGAUGAAAGAGCAGCGCAUCGUCUUUGACCAAGAAAGCCGGCACCUGGCACAGCAGAAUUCAGAUUUACUAACCGGAAUGACUAAAAUGAUUUACCCCUCCGAACAAAGCUACAUGAUUAUUGAACAAGAAACACUGGCACUUCAAAAUGAACUCAAAUUCUGGAAAGCAAAAGUGAAGAUACUUAAGAAUCUGGAACGUACCCGUCCGUCCAGCAUUCAACUGCCUAGUUCACUCAUAAACCCGAGCCUAAAGAAGCGCAGUGCCAAGGAGCGUACGUUGGGAUUUAUGCCAGUGCACCACAGAUCAGCAUCGAUAUUUGCUAAGGACCGCAAAUCGCUAUUAAUACAGGAGCAGUUCGAGCAACAAUUAGAACUGCUUUAGACAAUUUUGAGCUUCUUAUCUUAGGUUAGCUUCAUGAGAUCAAUAAAGAUCAGUAGUAACAAGCAGAGUACAUUAAAAUUAAAUAGGAAACUGUCACGGAUGAUGGAACGCUGUUUGAUAAAGCAGAAUUGUUUAACUUAGGUGUGAGCCUGUGAAUCCCUUGCGUUUUAAAAACUGCUGAAGAAGUCGUCAGUGAUAAUUCUUCCUGUUAACUUCCUUAAGACAAAAACGAUGCCCGUGAAGUAUUAAAUAUCG